CAUCGUACCAACAUCAUCUGUGCAGCUUAUCAACCACAACAGUAUCUUCUCCAUCUUGAUUCACAUCAUCGCAAUACUUCUCACGCCGUGGUCGUUGACACACUGAUAAAGGACUAAUCAGACAUAAUUGAUAAUCGCUACAAGUCUGUCGUUGCUGCAGCAGGACGGAUAUUGCGAUCAAAUCCAUCUGCCUAUGCCACAUGAAGGUUGGAGUCCAGAAUCCAUGGCUACUCUUUCACAACACGUAUUCGGGCCUCGGGCCCUAGCAACGGCUUCAGCUCCAGCGAUAUCCUCAGACCCGGCAGUACCUUCAUUAUCAGCAACACCAUAUGUUUCGACACCACAAGCAGUACCGGGCCUGUACUGGCAAUGGCAGGCGACCCUACCAAUGGCCAUCAAUCUCAGCACGAACACCGAAAUCAACGACAGUUGUGAACUGGGUCCAGGUGCCAUCGACAAGAGAUGGCGGCAGACUAUCCGCCUCUGGUCUCUUCCUCCGCGAAUAUCGGUGAUACACUUGCCAAGUUUUUGCUCAAUUCACCGUCAUCGCGCCAAUGAACAUUCGUUUCCACAAAGUGGACCCUUGAGCAAAAUGUUGAAGUUUAACAGCAAGCUUCCCAAACAGCUCGACAAAUAUAUCAGGAGCCCGUCCCCUACUCUUGGACCUACAUCUUCUCUUGAUGUCCAAGUAAUACAAGGCAGUUCACCGAGACUAAUCGUCUUUACUGUCUGCUACAUCACUAAUUUCAGUCACUUGCCAUGUCUCUAGCUUGCGGUUCCCAAAAGUGUUUCACUUGCUCUUCCAUGCUAUCUACCCUAUCUUCAUCAGAGCGACGACUAUUCUUCACUGUGCUAAAGACAAGGACGAACUACUAAGCUUUGGUAAUCUUGUAACUC